AUGGUCGCCGACGCUCUCGUUUACCACCCUGCGCUGGCGCACUGGCUGCGCUUCGUCGCGACAACAGUCGGUCGCGACAAGCUCCUCCGAACCAUCCAAUACUUCUCCCGCUUCUACGCCUGGUACCUAUUCCGCACCAACAAGCCGCAAUCCGCAAUCGACCCGUACAAUGCCGUUAAGAAGCAGCUCGGCACAACGCGCAAGCUUAUGCGUAUUGGCAAGUUCCUCGAACACCUCAAGGCUGCCUCCGUCGCUCUGGAUAACAAGGGUCCCGUGGACCCUGUCCUGCGCUACUUGAGUGUCGGUCGCCAGCUCGGUUACGCGGGCUACCUAACCCUUGACAUGGUGACUGUUGUUGAUGCGAUCGGGUUCCGCAAGCUAGAGUCUGCGAAGCGGUUGCAGGAGAGUGCGUACCGGUCUUGGGCGGCUGGUCUGAUGUGCAGUGCUGUUGCGGGUCUUUACACUCUUUUCAUGUUGCGUGAGAAGGAGAAGACUAUUGACCGGAAAGAGGGUGAGGGUGUUGUGGAGGCGAAGAAAAUUGAGAAGGAGCGCUCUGCUGCUCGGGUACAACUCGUCUCUGAUCUGUGUGAUCUUGCGGCCCCGUUGUCUGCGAUUGGUAUUGUCAACCUUGAUGAUGGCCUGGUCGGUAUUGCUGGUACCGUUAGCUCUUUGAUCGGUGUCUGGUCUCAGUGGCGCAAGACCGCAUAA